AUGCUAUGGGGAUUUCUUCACCAUGCAGUAGAACCUCUUCUGACCCGCUGGCCCUUUUCAUUGUUCAGAGAGAAGGCACUCAAAGCUGAAAUUGAUCAUGUUCAUUAUGAGGACAAGAAUACCAGAUACCUUUGCAUUGGAAGCGUGGAAAAGGUGCUGUGUUUGAUUGCCUGCUGGGACGAAGAUCCGAAUGGGGAAGCAUCCAAGCUUCAUCUAGCUAGAAUUCCCGACAACUAUUGGGUUGCUAUAGAUGGGUUAAAAAUUCAGAGUUUUGGUUGUCAGAUGUGGGAUGCGGGUUUCACAAUCCAAGCGAUUCUCUCAUGUAAUUUGAAUGAAGAGUACAGACUAACACUGCGUAAAUCACUCGACUUUGUGAAAGCUUCACAGUUGGCUGCUGGUGAUUAA